AUGUCCUGUCCUUCUCGCUGCGCCCUGGCCCUCUUGCUGGCCCUGCUAGCGCCCCUGGCCGCCCUGGGCGCCGCGAACGAUGCAUGCUGGACGGAUCCCACCGCCUCCACCUGCUCCACCCUGCUGCUGUCCUCCACGAAACUGUGGACGGACCUGAAUGCCACCUGCAACACCGGCUCUGCAACCGUGGAGGGCUGGCCUGCGGCCUGCUCUCUUCGCGAGGCAUGCGUGGAGGCCGGCACCCUGACCGCCUGCAACCCCAUGUCCCUCAUCCUGGCGGCAUGCACCGAGGACUCCACCAUCUCCACCUGCGAGAAGUACAAGACGCUGUGCGGCACGGGCAGCGUGGUACCGGCCUGUACCAGCGCAAAGAGCAUCACUGGUCUGACCAGCGCCACCUCCUUCUACAAUGACGUCCAGACGCUGUGCAGCAGCAUGACCAUGACCGGGUGUAGCAACUGCGUUGCCGUCAGCGGCACGCCCACCGCGGCCCAGCUGCAGGCCAGCUGCCCCAACCCCCUCGGCACACUCGCGGAGCUGUGCCUGGAGAUGAGCAUGGACGGGUGCGGCGACUGGACGACCUUCUGCGCCUCCAACGCCGCCGCCUUCCCCGGCCUGUGCUCGUCCACGCCCGCCGCCGGCCCCAGCCCUGCCAUGGCCAUGAGUCCCUCCAUGGACAUGUCGCCCGCCGCUACCCCCAGCCCUAGCUCCUCCCACAGCAACUGGGCGGUCGGCGGCUGCUAUGACGACCCCACCACUGCGAGCUGUGCAGACUUUGUCCAGCCCACCUCGAUCACCGAGGCCAACAUCACCGUCCUCUGCGACUCCAUGCCCUUCAUGUCCGGUUGCACCCUGCACAACAUGUGCAAUGCGGGCACUGCCUCCGGCACGUACUGCGACCCCUUCUCCAUCCUGGCCGACCUGUGCGUGGACAUGCCCGGCAUGAACGGCUGCCAGGGCUGGGUGGCCCUCUGCUCCGCCUCCGGCACCAAGGUCGCCCAGUGCACCCAGCAUGCGGCAGUGCCCAACCUGGUGAUCACCUUCGACGCCAUGGACCAGGUCAUAGACAUGUGCGGCCAGAUGUACAUGGACGGCUGCUCGGACUGUACAUCACGCACCGCCUGCCCCAACCCCAUCCUCACCCUGGCCCAGGUGUGCCAGGGCAUGCCCUCCAUGCCCGAGUGCGCGUCAUACACCGCCAUGUGCGAUGGCGGCGCGGCCGGCACCUUUGCCACGCUGUGCUCCUCCGACCCGGCAGGCAGCUCCACGCCGCCCAUGAAGAUGUACAUGCACGCGGCCUGGACGGAGCUGAUCCUGUUCCAGGCCUGGGUACCGCGGAACAAGGGCGAGUACAUCGCCUCCUGCCUGGCCAUGAUCGCGACCGCCAUCCUGGUCCAGUUCCUCAAGUCGCUGCGCCUGCGCCUGGAGGCCGUCUGGGCGUCCCGCCUGCGCACCUCCUGCUGCGGCGGCGACGGCGCGGCCUCCGACAGCGGCUCCGAGUCGCUGGGGGCGGGCGGGUCCAAGGCCUACGUCGGCGCCAGCGGCUGUGCGGGUCCGGCGCCCGCGCCGGGCCUCUGGGCCGGCUGGCGCGUGGCCUCCCUGGCGCAGCUGCGCCGCAACGUCGUCCGCUCCCUCUUCACUGGCGUCGUGGUCUUCCUGGACUACAUGCUCAUGCUGGUGGUCAUGACCUUCAACAUCGGGCUCAUCGUCAGCACCGCGGUGGCCCCGCGGGCCGCAGCGGCCCCCUCCCUGCACGAGUCCACCCAGACUGGCGCAGAUCUGACGGCGGAAAUCAUCGCCGAUGAGAAAAAGUACAUCCUGCAGACCUACUCCCGGCCCGAUAUCGUGCUGACGCAUGGGGAGGGCUCCCGCCUGUACGACCUGGAGGGCAAAGAGUACCUGGACUUCACCUCUGGCAUCGCCGUCAACGCGCUUGGCCACGCCCACCCAGCCUGGGUGGAUAGCGUGAGCGAGCAGGCCGCGCUGCUGGCGCACACCAGCAACCUUUUCCACACCGUGCCCCAGGUGGCCCUGGCCAAGGCCCUGGUGGAGAACAGCUUCGCGGACCGCGCCUUCUUCGCCAACUCCGGCACCGAGGCCAACGAGGCAGCCAUCAAGUUUGCGCGCAAAUACGCCAAGAUCAGGGGUGGGUUGAGUGUAGCCGGCGUGGACCCAUACGAUGCCGAGGCCUCGGCCUCCGCGCCCUCGGACCUGCUGGCCUUCGAGGGCAGCUUCCACGGGCGCACGCUGGGCGCGCUGAGCCUGACCUACAAGUCGCAGUACCGCACGCCCUUCGCGCCGCUCACCCCCGGCAGCAGCCUGGUGCCCUACGGCGACCUGGACGCGGUGCGCGCCGCGCUUUCCAGUGGCCGCGUGGCCGCGGUGUUCGUGGAGCCCAUCCAGGGCGAGGGCGGCAUCCACGACCCCGGCGCCGACUUCCUGCGCGGCCUGCGCAGCGCCUGCGACGAGGCCGGCGCGCUGCUGGUCUUCGACGAGGUGCAGGUGGGCCUGGGACGCACCGGCUCGCUGUGGGCGCACGAGCGCGCCGGGGUCACGCCCGACCUGCUCACCCUGGCCAAGCCGCUGGCGGGCGGGCUGCCCAUCGGGGCGGUGCUGCUGAGUCAGCGCGUGGCGGACGCCAUGGCCCCGGGCGACCACGGGUCCACCUUUGCCGGGAACCCGCUGGUCUGCCAGGCGGCGGUCACCACCUUCGACAUCAUCCGCCAGCCGCGCUUCCUGGCCGAGGUGGCGCGCAAGGGCGAGGCCCUGCGCGCCGGCCUGCGCGCCGCCCUGGACGGGAACCCCCACGUCCGUGAGGUGCGCGGCGUGGGCCUCAUCGUGGGCAUCCAGCUGGACCAGGCGGCGGGGGCCGUGGUGGCCGCAGCGCGCGAGCGGGGCCUGCUCAUCAUCACCGCGGGCGCCGGAGACAUCGUGCGCCUGGUGCCGCCGCUCAUCGUGUCGGACGAGGACAUCGAUGAGGCGGUGCAAACCAUCCGGAAGGUGUGCGCGGAGGUGCUGACGUGA